GGUUCCUGCAGCAGCCACUGCCCUGCCUAACCCCUCUCACACCCCACCAUGUUGGUUGGUACCCCCCACCUGCUGACACUGGAUGAAGCUGAUGCCACCUGGACCCUCAUCAAGGAUAAAGUUAUCGAGGAGCACUUUGGGCCCAAUGUAGUGGCGGUACCUUUCCUGUCGGAUGCAGCCUGCUAUGACCUACUGGGUGUGCUAGUGAAGCAGUCCCGCCCAGCCCACACCCGCCUGGCUUUACCAGGUUGGCAGGGUCGGCGGGCACUACAACCAGUGGGGCCACUACCAAACCUCCUGGAGCAGGCAGGGUCUGAGGGUGCCUUUGCCCACUGCACUCGGGAAUACUCACCAGACGGCCGAGCAGAGAUACCCUAUGAAGAAAUGCGACUGUUGGAUGGGCAGCCCUGCCGGAUCCGCCUGCACAUAGGUGGCCUGCGCAAGAAGGUGGCCUUCCUGCUGCUGCCGCCAGGGCAGGUGAGCCUACAGCAAAACCUUCCCUGGCUCCGAAGUACACACAGCAUCUAUGUCAUCUACCAGGUCUUCUCCUGUUCCUGGCUACAGCUGGAGCUGUUGCCUACAGCCCGUGAGCCCCAGCUGCUCCGGUUACAACGGUCACUGCCUGUUGCCUUCUCCUGCCUCAAGUUUUCACUGCACCCCAAAGGAGUGCUGGGACCACAGAAGCCUCUGACCAAAGAUCCAUUGCCCCAUGGUGCCAACUGGGUCAGACCCAACCUUGGCAUCAUGCCACCUCUGGCCCCCACAUCAGUCGCUGCCGAUACCCCUGAAGCUGCUGAUGUACCCCCGCCUGUCCCAGCCCCACCUACACCACCUCCUCAGGAAGGGCCAGAGGGCAGACCCACCAGAUUCUCCUACAGGGGCCGAAACCCCUUCCGCAGGGGGCCCCAGAUGUUGUCAGAGAACUGGCUCUUCAGUCCCCGCAGCCCCCCACCAGGAGUCCAGGGUGGGGGCCCCGGGGACCCCGACCGGCACUCCAUGUCCCUGCCCCUGCUGCAGGGUCUGUCCUCAGAGUUCGACAGCGACGAAUGAAGCUGAAGCGAGAGAUGCAGGGGGCGAGGCCCCCAAUAUCUGGAAUAGGGAUACUGGUCCCCAAUAAACAUCAGCUGCUGCUCCCCAAAACCA